AUGUUUGGAGGUGAUGUGUCUGUGGUGGUUGACCGUCAUCCAGGGUGUCUUGGCAUGUUUGGAGGUGAUGUGUCUGUGGUGGUUAACCGCCAUCUAGGGUGUCUUGGUAUGUUUAGAGGUGAUGUGUCUGUGGUGACAGACGGCCAUCCAGAGUGUCUUGGUAUUUUUAGAGGUGACGUGUCUGUGUUGACUGACGGCCAUCCAGGGUGUCUUGGUAUGUUUAAAGGUGAUGUGUCUGUGGUGACUGACGGCCAUCCAGGGUGUCUUCGUAAGUUAAGAGGUGAUGUGUCUGUGGUGGAUGACGGCCAUCCAGGGUGUCUUCGUAAGUUUAGAGGUGAUGUGUCUGUGGUGACAGACGGCCAUCCAGGGUGUCUUGGCAUGUUUAGAGGUGAUGUGUCUGUGGUGACUGACUGCCAUCCAGGGUGUCUUGGUAUAUUUAGAGAUGAUGUGUCUGUGGUGGUUGACGACCAUCCAGGAUGUCUUGGCAUGUUUAAAGGUGAUGUGUCUGUGGUGACUGACUGCCAUCCAGGGUGUCUUGGUAUGUUUAGAGGUGAUGUGUCUGUGGUGACUGACGGCCAUCCAGGGUGUCUUGGUAUGUUUAGAGGUGACGUGUCUGUGGUGACUGACGGCCAUCCAGGGUGUCUUGGUAUGUUUAGAAGUGAUGUGUCUGUGGUGACUGACGGCCAUCCAGGGUGUCUUCGUAAGUUAAGAGGUGAUGUGUCUGUGGUGGCUGACGGCCAUCCAGGGUGUCUUCGUAAGUUUAGAGGUGAUGUGUCUGUGGUGGCUGACGGCCAUCCAGGGUGUCUUGGCAUGUUUAGAGGUGAUGUGUCGGUGGUGACUGACUGCCAUCCAGGGUGUCUUGGUAUAUUUAGAGAUGAUGUGUCUGUGGUGGUUGACGGCCAUCCAGGAUGUCUUGGCAUGUUUAAAGGUGAUGUGUCGGUGGUGACUGACUGCCAUCCACGGUGUCUUGGUAUGUUUAGAGGUGAUGUGUCUGUGGUGGGUGACGGCCAUCCAGGGUGUCUUGUUCCUAAAGAAGUGAUAUUGGAUUACAUCUAUCAACGAUUUCACGGCGUCAGUGAGAUUCUAACAUUAACAAUGGGAUAUUCAUCUACAAAGCUGCAAAUAGAUGUGAUGGUGUUACUUCUGUUGUGGAGUCAUACGAGUUUUGUGUAUGGACUUGUGUUUAACAGGAGGGCCGAAACAUGUGAACCUAUACAAAUCCCCAUGUGCCAGGGAAUGCCAUACAAUAUGACAAGAAUGCCUAAUCUUCUCCAUCAUAGUUCACAAGAAAAUGCAAAAUUAUCCAUUGAACAAUUUGAAAAAUUGAUAGAACAAAAUUGUAGCGACGUUCUGUUGUUUUUCCUAUGUGCUAUGUAUGCUCCUAUAUGUACUGUGAACUUCCAACCAGAGCCUAUUCCGCCUUGUCGUAGUGUAUGUGAACGAGCUCGUACGGGAUGUGAACGUAUUAUGAACGAACAUAAUGUUUCCUGGCCGGAAUAUCUUGACUGUUCCAAUCUUCCUCGGUAUGACAGAGGAGUAUGUGUCUCACCGGAGGCAAUUGUCUCAUCUCUACCAGACCGUGGACAGACAACUCCUGAGCCGAUUGAAGAAACCAAAGGGAACAAGUCCGAUAGAGAUACGACCAAUAACACAAGGAAAAAAGGUGGUUGUCAUUGUACGAAGCGUCCACGACUCAGGAAGAGGCUCUAUAAAAAGGGGAAAUUUAAUUUUGCAAUACGAGCGAGAAUUCUCGGGCACGAUACUGCAAAUACGAUAAAUACUGUAACGAGGGUAAGCGUCAUUAAAGUUCUCAAGAGCACACGAGUACACAUCAUUGAAAACAACGGGAUCGAACUAUGGACCAACUCUACGUGUGUAUGUCCGAAGCUUCUCCGCAGAAAGGAAUAUCUAAUUAUUGGUUAUGACGAUCCUGCCACCCAGCGACUUCUCUUCUUUGAUAAUUGCUUUGCUACCAAAUGGCAGAAACGAUGGGAAAAACGUAUAGCGAAAUGGAACAAAAACCGAAGAUCGUGUAGAAAGAAGAAGCGCAAAAACUGCAGAACGAACCGAAACAAGAAUCGUGUAAAUAGCACAGGUACAAACCAAAAUAGUGUGAGAAAUCGAGGACGGGAGAACCGCCGGAACCGGAAAAAGAACAGGAUAAAUUCGACGUCGACGACAUAA